AUGACUCAACCAGCGAGUGCUUUCUAUCUCGCAUGUCGCAAUGGCGAUCUUGCUACGGUUCAGCGUCUCCUUCCAACGCUAAGCAUGCACGAAAUCAACCAGACAGAACCAAAUGGUAGUACCAGUCUGCACGCUGCAUCUUUUUACAACCACCCAGAGGUAGUAAAAAUUCUCCUUGACCAUAAUGCUAUACCAAGUGUCUUGAACCAAAAGAACUUAACACCCGCCGAGGAAGCUGCUACAGAGGAGAUCAAACAGCUCUUUUUGCGCCCCCAUGUCGUCACCAGAGAACGCUUUCAAACUCAUGCGUUUAGCCAUGCAUUACAAUGGGUGUGGUCGAAUACCUAUGAAGUUAAUGGAACUUUUGAAGGAUGGACACCUACACUUGCAGAGAGGAAUCGGUAUUAUAUGGCUGACAUGGAUGUUACGACGGCUGCUGCGCGCAUUCUGGAAGAUUAUAGAUUUCGACACGUGUUGGACAUGAAUAAAGUUCGCCCCUUCCUCGAAAAGGCCGAGGAAACAGACGAUCCUGUGUGGCUACUGAAAGCCUAUACGACCACUAGUGGAUUUCAUAAGACACUGAAUGAAGCCUUGGCAAAGGGGCGAUCACUCUUCGAUAAGCACGACCGGGAAAACUAUCAUGAAAGUAUUUAUGAAUUCGUUGGUUGCUUCAUUUGUCGCCUAAGUCCCGACAAAUUGCAUAAAUACCGCUACAGUGGUAUUUCGUAUCGUGGAGUGACGCUUCUUCGCGAAGAUUUUGAAAAAAACUACACAGUUGGCAAUGUAUUUAUGAUCAAGCCAUUUACGUCAACGUCAAAAAUCCGUCAGGUGGCUGAACUUUUUAUAGCAUCUUCUUGGAGUGGUUCUUCCGAGCUUCCCGUCAUAUGUAUUUUCGACACUACGGGUAAACCACGAAAAUCCCACCCAGUGUGUAAGUCCAGGCCGCCGCCUAUAGCACUUGAGAUAUCAUCCUUCUCGCAGUUUCCAAACGAAGAAGAAGUGCUUAUCCUUGCACAUACCGCAUUCAGUAUUCAAAGCAUUGAAUAUUUACCAUCUGGAAUAAUCGAAAUCAAACUUGAUUGGUUUUGGGAUUAA